AUGGUCGAGACCGACCUCGUACCCCGCAUCGGGGCUGCGGUCCAAUGGGCUGUCGAGUCGCCCGCUCACAUCAUCAUCACCAUCGUCGGUGCAUUCGCUCUCUUCCACCUGGUGCCAUUCAUCACCAAUACCGCCUUCCUCAAGUACCCAGGACCUCUGUUCGCCAAGUUCUCCGACUUCUGGCUACUUCGUCAGGCUAUGAAGGGUCACCGUUUCGAUACGGUUCACCAGCAGCACAAGAAGUAUGGCAAAUUCGUUCGUAUCGCGCCCAACCACAUCUCGAUCGCCGACCACGAAGCAUUGCACCCUGUCUAUGGUCACGGCACCGGUACUCUAAAGCCAGCUUACUACGACGCCUUUGUGCCUCCUCGUCCUUUCCCCCGUGGUCUCUUCAACACUCGCGACCGUGCAGAGCACACUCGUAAGCGAAAGAUUGUCUCGCACACGUUUGCUCCCAAGACCAUUCUUGCUUUCGAGCCUUUCAUUCGACGUGAAGUGCAGCUCCUUCUCGAGCGAUGGGACGAGUUCUGUGACAAGGCUGCAAAGUCCAACGCCGUGGGUCCUCGCGGUAUCAAGGGUCGUACUUGGCUUGACUCGCUCAUGUGGCUCAACUACUUUGCUUUCGACACCAUCGGUGCCCUUGCAUUCGGUAGCACUUUCGGUAUGCUAGAGAGGGGUAUCGACGAGGCCAAGGUUGAGUACGAGGACGCACAAGGCAACAAGCAGGUCGAUUACUGCUCGGCUGUCAAGAUCAUCAACGAGCGUGGCGAGUAUUCGGCUACUAUGGGGCUCGCACCUGUCUGGUUGCGUCCUUACCUGCUCAAAUUGCCGUGGUUCUCGAAUCGACUCACCUCGGUCAAGAAACUCACCGGUAUCGCGCUCGCUCGUGUCAACGACCGCCUACAGAACGGCUCGGAACGCGAGGACUUGCUUGCCAAGCUGCAGUCGGCCAAGGAUGACCGCGGAGAGCCCAUGGGCAAGAUGGAAUUGACUGCCGAAGCUCUCACUCAACUUAUCGCCGGAUCGGACACGACCUCGAACACUGCCUGCGCUAUCCUUUCGCACCUCUGCACGCACCCGGACAAGAUGCGCAAGCUUCAGGCUGAACUCGACCGUGAGCUUGAGCACGCUGAAGAGGUACCUCUGCACAGCGAUGUUCAAGAGCUUCCUUACUUGCAGGCUGUGCUCAGCGAGUCGCUCCGCUUCCACUCUACUUCUGCUAUCGGUCUUCCUCGCGUCAUCCCUCAGGGCGGUGCAACGGUAUGCGGUGAGCACUUCCCCGCUGGUACCAUUCUUUCGGUGCCUGCUUACACACUUCACCGCGACAAGUCGGUGUUUGGCGAAGAUGCCGAAGAGUACAACCCUGACCGAUGGCUCGCUCCCAACGCAAGGAGAGACUUUGACAAGGCCUUCAUUCCAUUUUCGGUCGGUCCUCGUGCUUGUGUCGGACGCAAUGUGGCUAUGAUGGAGCUUUCGAUCUUGAUUGCAGCCAUCUUCCGUCGUUAUGACAUUGUGCUGGCUGAGCCAGAGAAGCCACUCGAGACGUUCGAGGGUUUCUUGCGCAAGCCUGUUCAGCUCGAUGUUGGUCUCAAGCGACGCAACUAG